AUGAAAACCGAUCUGGAGCUGGCUCUGGAAUGCGCUGUGAAUGUUUAUCACCGGUACGCGCUGCGGGCGCCGCUGGAUGAUUACCUGAGCAAGGGAGAGUUCGCGGCGCUGCUGCGGGAACAGGCGCAGCCCUUCCUAAAGGACACCGUGCCGCCCAACACCAGCACGGACGCCUACAUCGGGCAGUUGUUCGCCAAAGCCGACGCCAACCGCGACGGGCGCCUCAAAUUCACCGAAUUCCUGACCACGCUGAGCCGCGUGGCCAUCGACGCCCACAACCGCUCCCACCGCGGUGACCACGGGAGUGACCACGGGGGUGACCACGGCGGUGACCAUGGGGGUGACCACGGUCAUGGUCAUGGUCACGGUCAUGGUCAUGGUCACGGUCAUGGUCAUGGUCAUGGCCACCGUCAUUGAGGUGGAGGUGUCCCCAAGGUGACCAUG